AAUCAAACUCAUAGAGAUCAAUUCGCUCAUAAGUAGGUAAUCGAGUUGGCUCUCUAGCCACAAUGUUGAGAGUUGAGACAUCUCAUGAGCUCUAAACGAGCCAACUCACGAGUUGAGCUCAGCAAGCCACCGAGUCAAGCUAGCUUGAGUGCUCCGCAAGCUGCAAAAGGUUUAGCUCAAGCUCGAAUUGUUAGUAAACGAGUCAAGUUUUGAACGAGUUUUUCCCGAGUCGGACGCCGAGCCGCUCGGCUCAUUUGCAGCCAUAAUGGCAAUGUGUCGGGUUGAUUCGGUUUUGUUAAAUCUAAACCCAAUCCAGCUGGUAUAUCCGGAAAAAAUCCAGAAAAAACUCAACGGGUUUUGGAAUCUGAAAUCGAAUCCAACCCAACUCACUGGGUAUCCGCAGGUUCAUGGAUAUUCAUAAGUUCUGAUGGACAAAAAUACAUAACAUCAAUCUCCCACCAAAUCUCUCAUAAAAAAUGGCCCUUUUAACUAUUGAGGACUCUUUUUUCUCUCUCUUAUUUGAAAACGCUCCCUCCGCUCUCUAGUCUCUCGUUCUUUGUUUGGGCUGUGGGCUGCCGUCGGCGCCUCUGAGCGGCCGGCGGUAGCCCCUUUCUCCUUGCUUUUGUUUUUGUUAUGCUUUCUGUUUUCCGUGCUUCCUUUUUCGGAGCUUUUCUCACCUCUUCUCUGAAGUUAGGUGUUUCUUCUUCUUCCUCAUGUCUGAUCUUUACAGAUCUGAUUAUUGAGAUGUUUUGGUGGUGUCAAAGGAGAUUGAGGUUUUCUUAAUCUGCCUUCUCCUUCUUGUUUCCUGUUCCUCCUCCUUGCUUCAUCGCUGCGGCUUGGUGUUUCGGAGAUGUCUGGGAAUCCUAUUGUGAUCUCCCGUUGGUUUCAGUUUCAAGGAGUUCGAAGGCGGAGAUCAAGAUUCAUGGACUCUCGACUGUUGUCUCUGGCGCUUUCAUCGGUUUGGCUGCGUGCUUUUGUCUUUCGGAGGUGGCGUCUGCAAGCGCUCUGCUUUGGUUUGCUUGCUGUCCGGCGGUCUUUGGGUCAUCGGAUCUCCCUUCAUCGGCCUCUGCAUGUGCGUCCGAUGGGUGCUAUUUUGGGUGGUAGGUGGCGGCUGCUGCUCUUGGGGAUUUUGGUUGGGGUGCUAGGGUUUCAGGCCAUCUGUUGGGCUUAGUUCUCUUUGGUUUUGUUUUUCAGGCCAUCUGUUGGGCUUUGGUCCUUUGAUUGUUGCUUUGGGCCUUUCUAUGUUUCUUGUUUCUCUCCAUGGGGUUUCGGCCCAAAAUCUGUUCACCCUCUGGGUUCAUAUCAAUGAAUUUCCAAUGAUUUCAAAAAAAAAAAAAAAAUAUAUCCCACCAAAAUUAUGAAUACCGGGUCCCCGAAUUCUCCCAAACGUCAAACCGAAUUCGAACCGAAUUAUAAUUCGGUCGGUUUAAACCGAAUUGUAAUUCGGUUCGGUUUUUAACACAAAACCGAAUUUGUGAGGCUAAGUGUAUAUUCUCACUUUUAAAUUAUUUUUCACUCCUAAUAUAAACAAUAAAUAUGCAAUUAUAUGCAUAAUCAAUGAUAAAAUCAAACUUUUCAACACAUAAGUCAUAAAACAUUUCAAAUAUUUAAGUAUAAAAACAAAUACAAAUAUAAAAAUCCACCAUUUGGAGGUUGCAAUUGUAGUAUUUCGGUUUUUCAGUCGAAAAUUCAGAAUUUCGGUUCGGUUGAAAGAACUCUGGUUUCCGAAAUAUCUAUAUUUUCCUUUCGAAUUCCGAACCAAAUAGCAUUAUUUUGGUUUCGGUCGGUUUAAUUUGGUUUCGAUUCGGUUCGGUUCGGUAAACGGGUUUACCGAACCGAUUGCCCACCCCUGAUCUACGAACAACAAGUUUAGUCGACAGGUUGUGGGAAUAUGGGUGUGACUUACAAUAUCCCUUGCCUAUCCUAGUUGUAAUGUGACUUAGAUCCAAUUGCGAAUAAUUUCACUGAAGAGGUUUAAAGGGAGCCCAGUAGAAAGUUGGACUUGGCACGGUUCUUGACAAAAACCAAUAACAUUUAAGCUUCCAUGUUAUUUGGUGGGGUUUAUGAGUAGAGUAAUUGUUGUUUUUUCUUUUAUUCUUGUCUGUUUUUUUAAUCAAAUUUGACAGUAGAAUGGUGUUAUUGUGUACUUGCGCUGGAUUAAGUUGAUUAUAGAUUGUUAUCUAUGUUAAAUUAUUUUUUAAUUCAAUGAUAAUAACUUGAAAAAAGAACAUACAUAUAUAUGUAGAAAAAAAUCUACAAAAAUGCAAAGGAGGAGUUCUUCUUUUGGCAGGUUACCAAUCAAUUAUUUUGGUAUAACCUUGUCGAAUCACUUGUUUAACGGUUAUCCGGUUAACCGACAAAAUAACCGAGAACCGACUAUACGGUUAUGGCUAACCGAUAGAUAUAAAAAGUGUGAUUAACGAUAAGUACACAGUGUUUAACGGUUAACCGAGAAUCGACUAAACGAUUCCGAUUAUAACGGAACCGAACCAAUUGCCAGCCUUAGAUUUGGGAGUUGUGCUGUUUAAAGUGUUCUUUGGUGGCUGGUGCUGCUUUGAUAGUAGUCGAAGUUGGGCUUUGGGUUAAUUUUUGUAGUUGCUAAAACUUGAAGGUGCGACAACUUGACAGUGGCAGUGAAAUGAGGGAACUCUCUCCUAGUUAUAGCUCAUUGUUACCAUCUCUAGUUUGUAAUUUGUAAACCAUGGCUAUAGGUGUAAGACCCGAACACCAUUAGCUUACAUUAGCAAAUCUUCACAACUCCUGUCGAUAUCCAUUGCAGGAUAUCCUUUACACAAUAAGAUUAGCGAACAUAA